CACCUUACCUACCCACCUUACCCACGCACCUUACCUACCCACCUUACCCACGCACCCAGCCACGCGCGCGCGUGGACGUGGACUGGGUACGUACAUAUGUGCUGGAUACAUACACAUGGGCGCUUACGCUUACGCCUAGGCUUGCGCUUGCGCGCGAGCAAGCCAGAGCGCUGGUACAGUCUAGGUACGUACGUGGUAAUCUUAUUUCUGAGGCGGAUGGGGAUGAUGAGGGUUCUUAGUGCUCGUGUGGCGAGGGAGGGGGGUGCUAUGUAUGCUUGUGUGUAUGUAUGUAUGUACGUAUGGAUGUAUGCUUGUAUGUACGUAUGUGUGUAUGUAUGUAUGUAUGUAUGCAUGCACGCAAGCAUGCACCUCCGUAUGCACCUAUGUAUGCACGCACGCGUGCGCCGCCGCCGCCGUCUUAACCUCCUGAACCUACCGCCCGUGGGCGGGCGGCCGCGCGCUAGCUAUGACUUACGACUGCGACUACUACGACUGCGACUACUACGACUGCGACUACGACUGCGACUACGACGCACACACAGACAGACAGAGACAGGCCUGUCUUGUCUCGUCUUGCCUCGCCGCGCACCGCCCUCCCUACCCACACCCACACGCAGCAUGCGCCGUCCCCGGCCACAGCCACAGCCACACCCCGGCCCCCGCCCCCGCCCCUAGCAACCCACCCACCUACAGAAGGACGCAAGCCCACGCGCCCGCCCGACCCGCCAUCCCAGACACGCACACGCCUACACACCUAGACACGGCGCGCACAGCGGCACAGCGGCGCAGCGCGCUCUCGCUUCCCGCGAAGCACGCCUGCAUCCGCACGCAUCGUCGCGUGCGUGCGUGCGUGCGUGCGUGCGUGCGUGCGUGCGUGCGUGUGCGUGUAUGCGUGUGCGUGUGCGUGUAGGCUUUUUGCGCGCGCGGCUACCUAGGUACGUCGGCGACGCAGUGGCGGCA